AUGGCCAAUGGCAGUAGGAUCGACCGUGGUCGUUUCCUCCGAGACCGAGAGUAUCUGUUACACGCAGUGUGCGCGGAGUUCCAGAAGGUGGAUACAUACCACCGUGGGCUUAUCACCUCGUCGAACUUCGCCAAGGCCUUGGCCAGCCUUGGCCUGCAGUACGGACAGCCCGAGGUGGAUGAUUUACUCCAGUACUGCCAAGUCACUGACGAUGGCUACGUGCAUUACAAGGAGCUCAGUGCGUUCCUGUCCCCACAGCAGCCCCGAGCCAAGCAGAGCAGCUUGAAGCAGACCCUCUACCCAGCAGAGGUGGCUGCUCCGCUGCCGCAGGACCAGCACCACGGUUUCUUCGUGGCGCGAACGGAGGACAUCCGAAAGGUUUAUUCACUCUGGGAGCGUGGCCGCAUCUCGAACGAUCAGUUCAAAGACGGGUUGCAGAGCGCUGGUGCACCCUCUCCGUUGCCAGAAGAGCUCGACCGGCUGCUGGUAACGUACGGACCGGCCCGGUCCUUGCCAUUCAGCAAGCUGAUGUAUGCUCUGCAGAUCGACGCGAACGACGGCCGUCGAGCUCGGAACGUGCUAGGGGUGCCCCCUGCGGUUUUCUCGGAGAGCCGCCGUGCGGGUGCCGCUGGGGGAGCGCCCUCGGAACUGCGUUUUCACGGUUCCUGUCUCGGCCCUCCUUCGUCCACUGCAAGUCUGUGUGACGAGCUGGCGAAUCCGGGCUCCUUGCGCCAGGCGCUCUCGGACUUCGUGGAUGGGUUGAUCCCAGCAGUGACCUUCCGUCUGCAGCUGCAGCGCUUCGGCGUGGCUUUGACGCCGGAGCUGGAGAAGAGGAUCCGCACGCACGAGUCCGACAGCUCCGUUCGCUUCCAGGACUUUGCGCGGCUCCUGCUGCGCCAGGAGUCCCAGCUCGCUCGCGAGUACGACGCGGCGCCUGCGUCCACUCCAGGCACACAGCGGAGUGGUGCCACCACACCCAGGAGUGAUGCGCCGAGCCGCCCUGGAGGUCCUCUUGCGCCAACGGCUGGGGCACCGCGUUCGGCAGCCCCGCGUGGCUACCCGGUGACGCCGCCCUACUACGAGCCAGAAGAGCCGCAGAGGUCGAUUGACACAGAGCUCGCGGGCCGCGCCCCUCCUGGCCCUGCUGUGCUUAAGCCGCCCUACGCCCUCACAGAUGUGGAGCCCGGACAGCGUCCCGGCGAGUCGCAGCCAGCGGCCCGAUUGCGACCUGCAGUCGGAGGUCACGGAGACAUCCUGGGCUGGACUCAGGCGGAGGCGGAGGACCGUGCACCCAGUCGGUCACGGCGAGUGCCAGGGCAAAAAGCACGCCAAGGUGCACCGGCCUCGAGCUUUCUCCAAUGGCCCAUGCAGGUGCAGCAGGAGGCAGUAGAGAGGCCCGGCAGGCGGCUGUACGGUCGAGCUGCCUCCGCCUCUGAGUCGGCGCCCUUUGGCCGCUCCUGUGACGUGAGCAGCGCUGGCGCUGGCUCCGCCAGCGCACGGAAAGCGGGAGCCGCUCCCUUCGGCACUGAUCGGGAUCUCCAGCUUCGGCGCCCCGAAGAUGCAGGCACCGAUGAGUACCGCGCCUCGCUAGGUCUCUGGCGACGCUGA